AUGCCGUCGACGUUCAUAGCAGAUCCUCAAAUACUUCAGCCCAUCAGUCACAUCCCCAACGAGCCCCUCAUCCAGGGAAAACUAGCAAGAACAGUCCCCACAGGGGGCCACAAUGAUGCCUGCACCGAAGGAGAACAGCCUUCUAUAUCCUGUCGUCCGGUCCCCUCCACCGACCCAAUUCUUCCUCAUGUGGAGUCUAAAUCUCUUCCUGACCCAGAGGAGCUGAGUUGGUUGCUUAGCACCCACCUUCGUAUACACGAUAAUGAGAGUGACUCACAGUGGGCUGGAGAACAGAUCGUAAGACCGACCCCAGAAAGCCAUCAAAAUAAACUCCUGAACCUGUCCUUCAGCCCGCGUGUCCUGCAGCCUCCACGUCUACACAAACGGGUAACUCUCCCUGCUCUGCCUAUAGGGGGCAAUAGUGGGUCAAACCCAAAACCAGGACCCUCAAUGAACCACAAGCCCCAUCAGCUUCUUCCGCCUCCUCCUUCCAGAGGUUUGCCAUGCUACAGUGCAGGGAUUGUCACCGUGACUCGUGGCCGGCUAUCCCAGCCUUGGCCAGCAGUGGUCAGGAGAGAGCCUGACCCCGAACACGACGCUUCGUCAAAAUGUCUUGAUGUCACUGUCUCUACACUCCAGCUUUUUGGGUGUGGCUCUGUUGCCCAGGUGACGACCUCUCACAACACUAAGGGCGACUACCUGUCAAUCAACCUCGGGUUUGCACUGGGCACCACAUUUGGAAUCUACAUUGCAAAAGGGGUAUCAGGAGCUCACCUGAAUCCAGCAGUUUCCCUCAGCCUGUGUGUCCUGGGCAGAUUCUCCUGGACUCGUUUUCCUUUCUAUGUGUGGUCACAGAUUUUAGGAGCAUUUCUGGCUGCAGCAACUGUUGCUCUUCAGUACUAUGAUGCCAUAAUGGAGUUCACUGGAGGGCAUCUGACAGUUCGUGGUGCCACUGGCACAGCUGGUAUCUUCUCCACUUACCCAGCAGACUACCUGAGUCUAUGGGGAGGAGUGGUAGACCAGAUAAUUGGCACUGCUGCUCUUCUAGUAUGUGUUCUUGCAUUGGGAGAUCCUCAUAACACACCAGCACCUCCUGGUCUGGAGCCUGUCCUGGUAGGAGCAGUUGUCCUGGUCAUCGGGAUUUCAAUGGGAUCUAACAGUGGAUAUGCCAUCAACCCGGCACGAGACAUCGGACCAAGACUCUUCUCUUACAUUGCAGGCUGGGGAGACGAGGUGUUCAGGGCCGGACAUGGAUGGUGGUGGGUACCGUUGGUUGUAACAUGUGUUGGUGCUCUUCUGGGUUCAUUACUUUAUGAGCUGCUGAUUGGAGUACAUCAUCCAGACUCAGAGCCAAUGGAUCCUGAAGGCCUGACAGCGAAGGUCCAGCAAACUCUGGAGUUAGACAGUGUCCAGUCCAAGUUUGACACCAUUAAAGAAAACGGCAAGGAAAGAAUAUUUUCCAUUACCUCAGCGGAUAUAAGAUAAAGCGAAAAGAAUCGGUCAAAUGCGUGAUGGAAUCUGAUUUGUUACUAUUUAAAUGUUAAAUGCAUUCAAUUUUUGGAAGCAAUCAUUAUCACAGUAAUUGUCUGGCAAAGUAUUGUGGUCUUCUACAUCUUAUCUAGUAAUUUUAGAUUUCUUUGUAGGUUUCUAAUCAAAUGUCAACAAUGGCGUUGUAAAAACCUGAAGGCUGGCUGAUGUCUUUAAAACGUUACUAUUUAAAACACAGUUACUAUUUGUAACACUAUCUAUUCAAUGCUGAAUUGUGGUUCAGUAAAGAGUGCUUUAUAUUUUCUUUUGUUAGAAAAAAAUCGAAAUAUACUCGAUACCAGUUCUAAUGAAGCGGUAAAGCUUAACAGUAAUUUUUUUUUUGUUUAUUAAUGUUAAUAUGAAUAAUUUAAACAAUUAACAUGAACAAUGAUUAAUGCAUUGACACAUGAAACCUCUAUACUAAAGUGCUAUCUAUUAAUUUUCUACCUACAAAAUGUUUUGAUUUUAGAUGUAUUUUCAACAUUAAUUGCAUUGCAUUCAAAGAUUGAUAUGAAACUAUGUCCAUUUUCUAUUAUUAUG